AUGGACUUGGAUCCUCGACUGCGAUUAGACCAUGGCGGGCAGCGUUCACCUUUGCUCUCUGGCGCCGUAUCGCGCGGCAAGUCCACAUCAACACCAUCGCCCUCGAGCCAGGUUGAAACGGCAUCGACGGUAGCACAGCAUCGUCCUGCUCCUUACCACGUGACUGAAGCCUCCGAUAGUCCGCCUGCGGAUCUUGGCACGCCGAACCAGCAACAGAAUCCGCAUGGUGAUGGCAACGAUCAUGACGGAGGUGCCGCCGGUGGCGCGGCUGGCACCGAUGCCAAAAAGUCGAGGGCCUGCGAGGCUUGUCGCGGACUCAAAGUGCGGUGCGAACCCGACCCCGACGACGAAGGUGCUCCCUGCAAGCGCUGUAAGAAGGCUGGGAGAAGUUGUGUUGUGACGGUGCCAACGAGGAAGAGGCAGAAGAAGACGGACAGCAGGGUUUCUGAGCUCGAGAAGAAGAUUGAUGCUCUGACGGCCAGCUUGCAGGCUCGCGCCGCAGUUCCGGGAAUCGGCGGCGGCGGCGAUGCGGCGGCUGCUGGACAGGGAAUUUCCAUGGCAGGGAUCGCGGCAUCGUCUGCGACGGCGCCGCGGAGAAAGUCCUCUGAAGGCAUGUCCGGGCUUUGGAUCAAUAGUGAUGCUGCGAGGACUUGGGCUGGAUCAGAGCCAGGCGCGGCCGCCCAGGGGAUAGUGGCAAGCCCAGUACAGCAGAGCCAUACUCCCAGAUCUUAUCGACCAUCUGUGUUUGAUCCGCCGGAGAUGGUUGCAGGCCAUAAGCGGAAAGCUACGGAGCACCGGGACGGCUCGGGAGAAGGUUCCCCUGCCGCAAGCUCUUCACAAUGGCCGAUGGCUCGCCGCGGAAACAGAACCGACAUUAUUGAUCGAGGACUUGUAAGCUUGGAAGCGGCUGCCGAGCUGUUUCAAAGGUACAAGGAACACAUGCUGAAGCAUUUACCCGCCGUGGUAUUUCCGCCCACAAUGUCAGUCAUGGAACUUCGCAGGUCGAAGCCGUAUCUAUUCCUGGCUGUCAUGGCGGCUGCCUCGUCCGAGACACAUGGCCUCCAGCGAGUCUUGCAACGGGAGCUGAUGGAGCUCUUUGCCGAGAAGAUUGUCAUUGUUGGAGAGAAGAAUCUUGAGUUGAUACAAGCCCUCCACAUGGCUGUCAUUUGGUACUGGCCGCCGGAGCACUUUGAAGAGCUCAAAUUCUACCAGCUCGUCCACAUGUCUGCCGUCAUGGCCCUUGAUAUUGGGCUAGGCAAGAAGUCGGCACCCAAGCGCAGCAUGACAGGCUUCAGUUGGCGAGAACACCCGUUCAGACGGCAUCCACAACCCGACCCGACCAGUCUCGAAUGUCGUCGAACGUGGCUGACGUGCCACUUCCUGGCGGCUAACACGGCCAUGUCUCUACAUCGACCAAAUCUCAUCCGUUGGUCGCCGUUCAUGACGGAGAGCCUGGAUAUGUUGAGCACAUCACCGGAUGCCUAUCCCACGGACAGGUAUUUAUGUCAUUUGAUUUGGACGCAUCGCAUGGCAGAAGAUAUUGGCGUUCAGCUGUCCAUGGACGACCCUGACACAGCCGUGAACAUUAUGGAUGCAAGGACGCAGUACACGCUUAGGGGCUUGGAGAGGGAUCUUGACAAGUAUAUUGCCACGGUCCCAAAGGAGAUGAUGCAGCACGACGCUUCAGCAACUCUCAAGAUGAGUUUUAGCAUCCUGAACCUCUACAUGCACGAACUAGCCCUCCACUCCGACAACACCGCCGACGCAAUCCGGCCCCCUUUUGCCACGGAUAUGCUCCAAGAAGGCAUGGUCAGUAGCGAACCCCUGAGCGCUGCACACAUCAAUGCCCUGUCAGCCUGUCUGUCCGCCAUCGACACCAUCUUUCAAACCUUUCUCGCCAUGGACGUCUUCUCCAUCCGCUGCCUACCCGUCUUCACCUUUGUACGGGUCGCCUACGCCGUCGUCAUCCUGAUGAAGAUGUACUUCUCCGCGUCCAGUCCGUCCUCGGAGCUCGGCAAGGUCAUCAACAAGGACAACAUGCGCGUAGCGUACUACCUCGAGGCGCUGCUGGAGAAAUUCAGCGCCACCGCCGCCGACGACAAGUGCCGGCCUGCCUCGAAGUUCCUCCUCGUCCUCGUCAUGCUGCGCACCUGGUUCCUCAAGCACGGCAAGGCCGACACCAGGCAGGACGCGCAGAACCCACUGCCCGCCGCGGGCUCGUCGUCAAACACCCCCGCCGACGGGGGCACGCCUUCGAUGCAACCAUCGCAGCCGCUGCCGGAGCACGCUGCCAAUACGCCCCUCCAGGUCCUCUCCGAGGUCGCCAUGGGCCGCGAGUCCAACACCCCGCGGCCGUUUUACAACUCCAUCUCCGGCGGCCAGGCGCCGCCCCAAAACGCAUACUACGCCGAGGGCACCAACACACCCCCGCAGGUGCGCGAUCCGUCUGCCUUCCCGCAGCCGUGGAUGGCCCAGCCUCCUCAGCCGUCUGUCGACAUGGACAUGACAGUAGGCCUGCCAGCCAACUUUGACUUUGAAAGUCUGGGCGUGCCGCUGGAUCAGUCGGGCGACAUGUACGGCGGGGGAGCAAAGAUGGCGGUUCUCAAUGACCCCCUAUUUAGUGACAUGUUCCAGGGGUUGCCGGACCCCAAUUUCUUUUCGUUGUGA